CUGUCUAAAGCAAAAAAAUAAAAUAAAUUCCCUUUUUAGACUUUUAUCCUCUCUCAUUUCUCCGGUCACCACCUCCGUCCAUCGCCGUCAAUAUGCCGCCGGGAAAUCACCUCAUCACCACCAUCCUCUUCCUCCUCAUUCUCCUCCCUCUUCCUUCUCCGACCACCGCCACCGCCAUCACCGAAACCCCCAAAUUCCGGGAAGCUCCAGCAUUCCGCAACGGCAAAAAUUGCCCAAUUUCAAAAUGGCCUGAAAAUCCCUACGAUCCAUCAACUAUCCACAUCGCAAUGACUCUCGAUUACUCUUCCCCUUACCUCCGUGGCUCAAUCGCCGGCGUACUUUCCGUUCUUCAACACUCUACUUGCCCGGAAAACACCUUCUUCCACUUCCUCGCCGUUCGCCGACACUUCAAUCACCUCAACAAAACCAUCACUUCAACUUUCCCUUACCUCAAUUUCAAUCUCUACAACUUUAACCCUAGUUUAGUCCGUCACUUAAUCUCCUCCUCGAUCCGCCGGGCACUUGAUCAACCCUUAAAUUACGCUCGGAUUUACCUCGCCGACCUACUUCCGACCACCGUUAACCGGAUUAUUUACCUCGAUUCCGACCUCAUUGUCGUCGACGACGUCGAUAAGCUCUGGAACAUUGAGCUUAACGAUCGGGUUUUAGGUGCCCCGGAAUACUGUCACGCUAAUUUUACUCACUAUUUUACUCACAAAUUUUGGUUCCACCCAAUUUUCCCCAAAACAUUCGAAAAUCGAACUCCCUGUUAUUUCAACACCGGAGUUAUGGUUAUCGAUUUGCAGAAAUGGCGAAAUGAUGAUUAUACACAAAAACUUGAACACUGGAUGAGAGUUCAGAAAAGGUACAGAAUCUACGAGCUAGGCUCAUUGCCUCCGUUUCUAUUGGUUUUCGCCGGAAAUGUAAAGCAAGUGGAGCAUAGAUGGAACCAACAUGGGCUUGGUGGUGAUAAUCUUGAAGGACAAUGUAGGGAUUUACAUCCAGGGCCAGUAAGCUUAUUACAUUGGAGUGGAAAAGGGAAGCCAUGGCUAAGAUUAGACUCAAAGAAGCCAUGUCCAUUGGAUAGUUUAUGGGCACCCUAUGAUUUGUUCCGACAUCAAUCGUUGUUUUCGGAUAGCUAAGAGGAGUCGAAUUCAAAAUCUUUAAUAUAACAUUUGAUGAUUUGAACUCGAAAUCUUUGAUCACGAAGUUUGAUAGUAGUGUGAAUAAUUGUUUAAGAGUGAGUUGGAGACAGUGAGACUCAGUUUGUAAAAAGACGAAUGAGGACAUAAGUGUGUAGGAUAGGGUGGUGUAGGAGGAAGGGUAAUUUUGGGAUUUUGGGAAAAGUUUGGUGGGGUUAAAGAGAAUUUUAACCGUUGGAUUGAGGUGGAUGGUGGAUUUACCAAAGUGUGGGUUCAUUGAGGUGACGUGGAAGAUGCUGAUUGGCGGAUGGGAUUUUGAUAAUUAGAUUUUUGGAAGGAAGUGAUUGGAUUAUGGGAAGAUUCUUUGUGUUGCUUUCAUAGAUUUUAUUUUUGUUAUUUGGAUGAUUUAUAUGCACUUAUGUGACCUACUUCAAUUAUUUGCCUUCUUUUUUCUCUUUGGGGAUGUCAUUCAUAAAUCAUAAAAAAAAAAUGGUGUUUGAUACUCAUUGAUUGAAUUGCUUUUUUUCUCA